AUGCCUUACAUCUACGACAGGCCCAAUGGCCGUGAUGUGUAUGCUAGCCGACAAGGAGAAUAUGAGGAAUCCUCAGACGUCAAACUCCUUAAAUUGCUCAAUUGUGCGCCUUAUCAGAACCAUGUCGAUGCACCAUUGCAGAAUGAGUCUUUCGAACUUUAUGGUUACACGCAUCGAGCGGAAGAAGAGGAUGAUAGCGAUGUAAGUGGAAAUGCACUUGCAUGUGUGAAUAUGGCGCCCUCAGAAUUGCUAACAAUACUUUUCCCUCAUUCCCCCUCUCCUACCUUUAAUGUCGCCAUCUCAAACGCUUUCCACCCCACUCCUUUCGCUGAUCCACCUUUCAUUGUCGUUUUGAUGCUCCUCCGAACCGCUCGAUCUUCGAUUAUCGACCAUCAGGACGAUUUCAUAAUGCAGAAACGGUACCCCCGCAUGUCAUUCAAUGGUCGUUCUUAUCCUCCUGUGCCUCCCGACGCUAGUACUCUUCCUCGACUUGUUGACGUUUGGACUCCUGAGAACGUUCUUCCGGCUCGAGAUUACGAAAUGCACGCGCACAACCACUCGGAUCUCGCUCAGCAGGAUCGAUCCUUCGUUCAACCUGCCCCUACGUACUCUCGAUCAAAUGCGAAUGUGUAUGGCUACGAGUCAGACGCUUUCGUUAACUCGACCCAGGACGUGAGGCAUUUCAACCCUCAGCAGCAGUCAGUUUGGACUCCUCCGGAUGCGAACGGGUGGUCGAACGCCUACAAUGUCGAUUUCCGUGCACCCGUGCUUCAUCCUCGUUUGGUACAUCUUCCGGAACGACCUUUCACGCCUCAUGAUACUUAUCGAUACCCUACUAGUCAUGUUGAGCAGAUAUACGUUGCGCCUGCUGUUCCUGAAGUUCCCACAGAGACCAUCAACGCCGCCUUUGCUGUGUGGUAUGCCAAUCAGGUCGUUGGACUCCUCGUAACUCCGGGAUCUUUUCGACCUGGUGUUGGAGGAGCCUCGGAUGAGAUUUGGGGUAUGGGUGGAAGAGAGAAGGACGCUUGGCUUCGUGUCGGUCGAUCUCCUCCGGAUUAUUCCAAGGCAUGGGGAAGAAUGGGCAUGAACUCGACUCCCGUCCCAACCCCUCGAAGGCUUCGACAACGACGACCAGAUCUGGAACCUCAAGAUCCUUGGAACGUAGCCUGGGCGCACUCAGUCAAGCCAAGCUCCAGCUUUGUCAAUUACAUUCUCGAUAUGAUUCAACGAAUGACCAUCUCCCCAACUGCUCUCGUUUCUGCUGUUUGGUUCCUUGCCGGUCUUGGAUUGCAUGAUGGAGAUGGUCUCAAAGGCGCGGAACUUCGCGAUUUUCUUCGAGACCACAGAUCCUACGAGCUGGAAUCCAUCGAGAGGAGAGUAGCCACUUUGGGUCUAAUGUUGUCAGGCAAAUGGUUGGAUGACAACUCCUUUUUGACCAAAUCUUGGUUCGAGGUCACCACAAUCCCGAUCAAACAGCUCGACCGGAUGGAGAGGAUUGCAUUAGCCGAUCUUAACUUUUCUCUUCACGUUCCUGUAUCAUCAUGGGCCGACCACGUCAACAAGCACUACACAGCUCUUAUCUGUAAACCGAUCGCAGAUGAAGUUGAUCUCGUGGUCACCCCAAUGAUUGACGAUAUGGUGACUGAAGCUAGGGAUGUCGAACUUGAAGACCCCCAAGAUAUUGCACUUCCACCUCCUGUUGAAAGACGCCUCUCGUCAGAAGAACUACCUGCCGCUGCUGAUCAAGCUAUCAGUCGAGACUGGGGAGAUUUUGCGAGAAGCUAUGGUAUCUCUCAGUGGGACACUCGAGACAUGGAAGUUGAUGCAGAGUUGGAGCGCGCUGAAAGGAGCGUGGAUGCGUUGGUGAAUGACGAGUAUCCGGAAGAAGAAGAUGAGGAGUAUUUGGAUUAUGAUGGUGCCAAGAAAUGGUUACCUUCCAUAUCCGAACUCGAACGAUCUGGUUCCAACUCAAGCGAUACUAGCUUCUCUUCCCAUAAGAGCCACGUUCGUGGUGUCAUUCAACCUACACAACCAUUUCACGUUCCUCUAGACAUAUCCGAAACUUCUCCAAGGCAAAGGUCAUAUAGCGAUUGGACUAACGACAGCUCCAUUUCGAAUCGAUCUCAUGACUGGGAGUCAUCUGACUUCCUGUAUCCAAUUGCUACCUCAGACAAAUGUCAAGAGUGCGACGAUUGUGUUCCAUCUUCCUUCACUCAGCAAUCAGCCUACAGUACUUCAAGAUCUAAUCUCAAUUCUGGCUACAUUGAACCUGGAAUUACUGUAGUUUCACCUCCUAAAUACAACACUAUGGACGGUCUCAACGACACGCAGAUGACCGGGCCAACUUAUGGAGGGUACGGUUCCACGUCUAAACGGUGGGGUAGACCUAUUGGUGCUGCUCAGUGGUGA